AGCAGCUUUCACGGUCGAGGCCCAAGUGCUGGAGGGCGCUGACGUGAGGUGCUCACCUGUCCGACGACCAAAAACAUCUGACCUUUUGCCAACAGAAGAAGGAAUUUUGGUAGAGUUAUGUCGGUACGAAAGCAGGAGCACUUAGUGCUUUUUGAAUUUGAUGAUGAAGAAGAUGGUCUGAGUGUUUUGAAGAAGGCUCGGUCUGAAGAAAAGAGCCCAGUGUUUAACAAAGAUGAGAGGAAGUGCCCUCCUGCAGAAGUAGAUGAAGCUAUGGGAGAUGAAAUACACACUAUGUUGGAUAAAUUCGGAGAUGGGAUUAAUAAUUCUCUUCUUGAAAAGAGAAGAAGAAUGCAAAUGUACUCUGAAACUGUUUCCAAAAAGAGUAGCUACAAGAUGAAACAAGUUUGGGGAACCAAACAACAGCGAAUGCUGGAAGUUAACAAUAAGUAUUACCCGCAGUUUAUGGAUCUGUUUAAGCAGUGGGAUUUGGAGAAGCAGAAAUACAAGAAACAGCAAGAAAACCUAAUUAAUAUUUUCCACCAGCAGCAAGUGAUGCUAAGACAGUGCAAAAUUAAAAAGAACCAGAGAAUGAAACUAAUUAUACAGAUGGUUACACGAUACACACAGAUUUUGAAGAACAUUGAGAAUAAGAAUAAUAAUGUUCGAUCGACUGCUUCAUUUGAUGAACUUAAAAAAGAAAUAGCUGAGUAUCAAAAGAAAUACAGGAUGGAAACUGUCAACCCAAAGCACGGGGUAAAAGGAGUUCCUGCUGUUCGUCUGAAGUGA